GCGAUUAGCUGGAGGAAGCUACUACAGUGAAGCCAGUCAGUUGCGGAGUUGCAAGAGAUGUAGAUACGGUCGCGAGCGCGGGGGGGAGUCUGUUAUGGUUGCUCUACUCCAGCUGCGCGUGGUGGUGGUGGUCUCUUCCUGAGCGAGAGGAAAUCUCCAUUAUUGAUCCUGUGAAUACAGGGCUGCAGGAAGGAGCGGAUUUAAGAAGCAAAAGGCGAUGGCUCCCCCAAGGAAGGGGGACUUAAGCGAGGAGGAAAAGGAGUUGCUGGAGGUGAUUGGGAAAGGAAACACAGAAGAAGCUACAAGAUUACUAGGCAGCAAAAAUGUCCAUGUGAAUUGUUUGGAUGAGCAUGGCAUGACCCCUCUGAUGCACGCAGCAUACAAAGGGAAAAUUGAUGUGUGCAGACUGCUUCUGCGACAUGGGGCUGAUGUAAACUGCAAUGAACAUGAACACGGCUAUACUGCCCUGAUGUUUGCUGGGCUCUCGGGUAACAAAGAAAUUACCUGGCUGAUGCUAGAGGCUGGAGCAGAUACAGAUGUUGUCAACUCGGUGGGAAGGACAGCAGCUCAGAUGGCUGCCUUUGUGGGUCAACAUGACUGUGUGACUGUUAUCAACAACUUUUUUCCUCGAGAGAGGCUAGACUACUAUACAAAAACGCAAGGACUAGACAAAGAACCAAAACUGCCAGUUAAAUUAGCUGGACCUCUGCAUAAAAUCAUUACCACUACCAAUUUGCAUCCUGUUAAGAUUGUGUUGCUAGUGAAAGAGAAUCCUCUGCUGGCAGAAACUGAAGCACUGCAGAAAUGCUACAGAGUGUUGGAUCUGAUCUGUGAGAAGUGCAUGAAGCAGAGAGAUAUGAAUGAAGUCCUGGCAGUGAAAAUGCACUACAUCAGUUGUAUUUUCCAAAAAUGUAUCCUCUUCCUUAAAGAGCGAGAGGAUAAACUGGAUGGAUUAAUAAAAAGCCUUCUAAAAGGGAGAGAUACAGAUGGUUUUCCAGUUUAUCAAGAGAAGCUUAUCCGAGAGUGCAUUCGAAAAUUUCCUUACUGUGAAGCUACCUUGCUCCAGCAGCUUGUGAGAAGCAUUGCUCCAGUUGAAAUUGGCUCUGAUCCUACAGCUUUUUCUGUACUUACACAAGCCAUCACUGGUCAAGUGGGCUUUGUGGAGGCUGAAUUUUGUACAACAUGUGGGGAAAAGGGUGCAGCCAAAAGAUGUUCAGUAUGCAAAAUGGUGAUCUACUGUGAUCAGAGCUGCCAGAAAAUGCAUUGGUUUACACACAAGAAAACAUGCAAGACACUAAAGGAGGCCCAUGAGAAGCAGGAAUUGGAAGCUGCGAAAGAGAAAAAGCAACAGGACCAAGAGCAAAAGAGAGAGGAGGCACAAGCAGCGGAAUCUAAUUCAACAAGUCAAGAACAGUUAGUCUCUGAAUCUGAAGAUAUUAAAGGAAUUGAACUGAAAAGUGCAGAUGACAGAACGGAGGAUGCCAUUUCUAACAAGGAGAUGCCUGUUUCAUUUCCUCAGACUAAUUUAGAUGACAUUGCUAUUGAAAAAGCUCAGAAAUCUGAAGAGUAAGCAAGGCCUACUUGGGGAGCCAAAUCUGUUUGAAAGAUGCCCUUUAGAUCAUUGUCACAAAAUAUGAAGUCCAGUGGUGGUGGUUACAAUCCUCUCUGACCUAUUUUGUGAUCUAGUAUAUGCCCUGUGUGACUGCGUCGCAUCACCUAGAUCAGUGGUUCUUAAUGUGGGGUCUGCCAGAUGUUACUGAACUACAGUUGUGAUUGGGAGUUGUAGCUCAGCAACAUCUGGCAGGCCCCACAUUAAGAACCACUACCCUAGAUUGUGAGGACAAGAGCUUAACCAUCUGGUCAAAAUCAUGAUAGCAUAACCAUCUGUCUCUACCUACAGUCAACAUUGUAAACUUACAAAUAUCUGUGGGAAAAUAGAACCACUUGGCAGCAAAAUGAAAAAGCCUUAUUAAAUUGAAGUCACCUUUAUCUAAAUCCUAAAUUCCCUUAAACGUAGGUUUAAGUGCAAUACAGAGACUACCAUAAUUUAAUUCUGUUAAAUUUUAUGAGAUGGACAUAUUAAAGGCAAACGUUAAGCUUUUCUGGAUAUUCAGCUAGAAUGUGAAGACAAGCUUUGCUAUUUUUUCUUAUGUUUGUUUUCAUUAAACAAAUCCUACUAAACCAUCUUGGCUUAAUGUGAUUAAACUAUCUGUCAGUAAACAGACCAUCACACUUUAAAAAUACUUAGGAAUCAUGUUUUGUAGGAAAACCUGUUUGCAGCACAGUGUAAUUUUGCUAUAGCUUAGGACUCAACAGUGAUUCUGUUCCGUGGAUCAUUAUUAAUAAACUGGUCCUUAAAACAA